CACUCGUACGUGUUAUUGUGCACUCUUUGACUCUUCUGCGUUUUUAUGUAUAUGUCGUGAAAAACGGGGCUUCCGUAUAUAAAAUUGAUCGGCCUGAGAAAUCGGUUUUCUGCUAUAAAAUUUUGUCUCACUUAGGUAGUUGUUUAUAAGUUUUACAAACUAUUUUGAAGUGCCUACAUGUAUAUGUACAUUCGCGAAUGAUUGACUGUCUCUUUUGCAAUACUUUCUAGUCAAAGAUUACUCGUUUUAUAAUUUAUUGUUGGGGUGUGUCACGACUAUUCUUAUUUCUUACAUCGAUGAAUGAUAAUAACGAUCAUCGUUAUAUGCCUAAAAAUUAAUUAACACUUGGAGCAAUCGGAUAAUACAAGCUAUUCUAACGGUUCUUAUAGACCCAAUAGAUUUUUUUCAAGCAAUAUGAUUAACAAUGGUGAUAGAUUCGAUUUAAAUACUGAUCAUAUUCCACUGGACAUAAAUCAGAGGGUCAUUUUUAUGGAACAGGAAAAUUAUCCUGCUUUUUCGGAUACAAAUUUUGAAUAUGAAUCUCAAAACGAAGAAGAGGAUGGAACUGUUGAUUUUGUUUUGGUCUAUGUUUACAACGGUAACACUGCUCAAACACAGAAAAGAAAAGCGUUUGAGAAGAGUCUCAUAGAUCAAGGAUUACAAUUAAAAUACGAGCAAAAUAGUCAAUUACGUUUUGUUAAGAUUUAUGCGUCUGAAGAAGUUUUAUGCAGAUAUUGCGAAAUCAUGAAACUCAAGAUGCCAAUAAAACCAUUUCCAGAUGAGACUGUAGUUGAAGAAACAGAUCUGUUGGAUGAUGCUAAAUCAUGGUUUAUUAGAUUGUUUAGCUUUGCACAGUUAGAUAAAAAACAGUUUCCUCCUGUGGAAUAUCAACUGGCUGCUGAAUACUCCAGAGACAAGGACUAUUUAUUCGACACCAAGGAUAAAAAAUUUUUUCCUAUGCAUAUUCGAGUGAUGAUUGUGUAUUUUAUUCUGGAAAGGCAAUGUGAAGGCAUUCAACGUUUGUUAGAUGGAGGUGUUUACUCCGCUGCGUAUCCAUUGCAUGAUGGGACGACCAAGCAAAAGGGAAGUAUCAGAAAGUUACUGCUUGAUGAAUGGGCUGCAACAAGUAAAUGGGUUAAAUUGCAGCCUUUAGAUACCAUUAGAGAAUAUUUCGGAGUUAAUUUUGCUAUGUAUUUUGCGUGGCUUGGGUUCUAUACGUACAUGCUUAUCCCAGCUAGUAUUGCUGGGUUACUAUUUUUUUUUUAUGGAUUAAUGACGAUGAAUUCGAAUCGUAUGGCUGAGGAUGCAUGUGGCGAUUGGGCGAACAAAACGAUAAUGUGCCCGCAGUGCGAUCGAAACUGUGAUUUUUGGAGAUUAAGAGAAACUUGUUUAUUAACGCGCCUAACGUAUUUAUUCGACAACCCUGGUAUGGUCUACUUUGCUGCCUUUAUGUCAGUCUGGUCGGUCUUUUAUCUGGAAUUAUGGAAGAGAAGGGCAGCCAAUUUAAGUUACCGAUGGGGCCUCGUCGGCUGGGACAGAUCUGCGGAUCACUCUCGACCCCAGUAUUCAUCCACUCUUUCUAAUGCAAAGUUACUUAACGUCAAAGAGAAGAUGAAUCCGGUUACGAGAGUGAAGGAGCUGCACGUGAGUUUUUGGAAAGUCCGAGUACCAGCGACUUUUUUUAGCUUUUCCAUAGUUUUGCUGCUGAUCGUUGUAGCUCUAGCAGCAGUGUUUGCCGUCGUUUUAUACAGAAUGGCAAGCAUAACUUCGAACUCGCUCUUUGGACACGAAGUAAACUCGCAAAAUUAUAAGACCUUCACUUUGCCAGCCAUAGCGGCUGGAAUCAAUUUAGUAUGCAUUUUAGUUCUGAAUUACUUUUACGACUGGUUGGCCGUGUAUCUUACAGAAAUGGAAUUUCUGAGGACUCAAGCAGAAUUUGAUGAUAGUCUCACUCUCAAAGUUUAUCUAUUCCAAUUCAUCAAUUAUUACGCUUCAAUAUUUUACGUUGCCUUUCUUAAAGGCAAGUUUAUUGGGUAUCCCAUGAAGUACAAUAAGAUAUUCGGUCAUAGACAAGAAGAGUGUGCGCCGGGGGGAUGCCUCAUGGAGUUAUCCAUUCAGUUAGCCAUAAUAAUGAUCGGUAAGCAAGUUAUGUACACAUUAAUGGAGACGGUUUUACCGAUCUUAUUUAAGUACUGGGCGCUAUUCCGCAUUCACGUCGGAUUGAAGCAAAGAGAUAUAAUUGCUCGUUCUCAGUGGAUACAAGAUUUAAAACUUCUCGAUUGGAGCCCUAGAGGAUUGUACGACGAGUAUCUGGAAAUGGUCAUCCAAUUUGGAUUUAUCACACUUUUUGUGGUGGCUUUUCCACUAGCACCGCUUUGUGCCUUAGCUAACAACGUAUUUGAAAUGCGCUUGGACGCAGCCAAGUUUUUGCGACAUUAUCGUAGACCCGUGCCUCGCCGAGCUCGAGAUAUCGGUGUAUGGGGACGUAUACUUGACGCGUUGGCUCGUAUAUCCGUCAUAACAAACGGUUUUAUAAUAGCAUUUUCCUCGACAUUUAUACCUCGCCUCGUAUACAUGAACGUAGUUAGUGAAAAUAAAACUGAUGUAGGAUUUUUGAACCAUAGCCUUGCUAUAUUUGAUACUAAAGAUUUUGUUAACGGAACAGCUCCUGAUUAUAGCUUGUUUGAAAAUGUAACAAUGUGCCGCUAUGCCGAAUACCGAAAUCCACCAAACCACUUUGAACUGCCUUAUAAAAGACCUACCAUCUAUUGGCAUAUCCUAACUUUUCGAUUAGCUUUUGUAGUAAUUUUUCAGAAUGUAGUUGGAUUGAUAACGAUGGCUGUGCAGUGGUGCCUGUCUGGUAUACCACGUAAAUUAGAACAACAGAUUAAGCGAGAAGCUUAUCUCACCGAAGAGUUGAUUAUCAAGCGAGAGGCGGAGAGAGCAAAAAGCAAAUUGAACAUAGGCGAUUCUUCGGUGAAUACUAAUUGUGAUAAUGUAAGAAAACGCAACAAAAAUCAUUAUUCUGAAAAUUCGGAAGACUUGUGAACAAUAAGUAUCGAGAACAUUAUAUUUUUUUAUUUUUAUUUACAAGUGCAAAGAUAAUAUUUUUCUAAGCGUAUCAAGAUUAUCAAAAUAAUUUGUAAAAUUUCAAUAGUAAUUUAGUUAUGUUGGAUCAAAAAAAAAGCAUUAUUUUUCCUUCACAUAAUGUGCCAGAUAAAAUGACUAUAAAUGGUCUAAUGUUGCAAAAUCUACUUAUAAAUUGAUAUUGGUGCUAAUUUAUUGAAAUAUGCAUUUUUGUCGAGUAAUUUUUCGAACAAUAUUUGUACAUUUACAUACAAAUCGAUUAAAUUCGUGUUUAACAUGAAAUACGUUGUUUAAACAUGUUAAGGGGCAGCUUAUAUUAUUUUUAAAUUUUACAUUGCCUAGAAAUGUGUACCUGUUAUAAUUAUUAAAGUAAAUGUGUAUUUAUUAUUAUACAUUAUUUGUAAGUUUGAUCAAACAAAACUAAAGUGGAAGAAAUCAGAUUUGAAUACGCCGGGACUAUCGAGCUGUAUGUUG